CGCUCCCGGCGUGCUCCGCGCCGCGCUCGGGCCUGUGGCGGGGGCGCGCCCGCCGCCAUCUCGUGCGCGCGGCCUGGACAUGGAUGCAGAUGAUACAGAAAUCGACUUCGAUUCCAGCUGGAGUUGGAGUUUGUUCAAUGUCUGGCAAAUCCAAUUACCUCAACUUUCUUGCACAAAGAGGCUACUUCAAAGACAAAGCUUUUGUAAAGUAUCUUAAAUAUUCUUAUUGGAAAGAACCUGAAUAUGCAAAAUACCUGAAGCUGAAGGGGUUUCACACUGGGGUAAAGCACAUACGUGACAACACUAAAGUAAUGACCUUCAAAAUAUCCUCAGUGUUGCAUAUGUUAGAGCUGCUCCAGUAUGAACAUUUCCGCAAAGAACUGGUCAAUGCUCAGUGUGCCAAAUUUAUUGAUGAGCAACAGAUCCUCCACUGGCAGCACUAUUCCCGGAAAAGGAUGCGCCUCCAGCAGGCACUGGCUGAGCAGCAGCAGCAAAAUAACACCUCUGUAAAAUGAAAAGCCAUGGAGUAGCCAUGAUAAGGUGUACUUUGUGUCAGUGAACUAUUUACAGGAGAGGAAUGAACCCCUGUGUAGGUUUGGCUCUGGAUGCGUGUCCAUUUGGAUUUAUCAAAUGACUGGGGUUGUUUUGUUUCGUCAGCGCCUUUAGAGACUAAUAAACACCUAAUGCAAUUUA